AUGGCUAACAAUAAGAGCAUUGUCAUUGAUUAUGAUAAAAUCAAUUAUAAAGAGGAGAUCAAUGAGCACAUUCACAACAUCCCCGCAUAUGCAAGAGAAUAUGUUCAUGACCUCUUUCCCAUCUUGCAAUGGAUUCAUAAAUACAAUUUGACUUGGUUGAUUGCUGAUCUCAUUGCUGGUAUCACCGUUGGUAUUGUUGUUGUCCCGCAAUCUAUGGGAUACGCUAAGAUUGCACAACUUCCUCCUCAGUACGGUCUUUACAGCUCAUUCGUUGGCGUUUGUAUUUAUUGCUUCUUUGCUACAUCCAAAGAUAUCACCAUUGGACCUACUGCUGUCAUGUCCCUUCUCGUCGGCCAAACCAUCACUCACUUGACUUCUUCUAAUAUCUCCUAUACCGGUCCUGAAAUUGCAUCUGCGCUUGCCUUGUUCGGCGGCAUUAUCGCAGUUUUUAUUGGCCUUGUUCGCCUUGGUAUUGUCGUCGAUUUCAUUCCCAAUCCUGCCAUUGCUGGUUUUAUGACAGGCUCGGCUAUUACUAUCUCUAUCGGACAAUGGCCCAAUCUUUUUGGAAUCAAAAGUGUCAAUACCCAAGAUUCAGCAUACCUUAUUUUCGGUCACUUCUUCAAAGCUUUGCCAGAAACAAAGGUUGACGUUGCAUUUGGACUCAUUGGUUUGUUGUGGCUGUAUGGUGUGCGAUUUGGUGCCAACUACCUGACUCGCCGCUAUCCCAAGUAUGAACGAACUCUUUUCUUCCUCAACAUCAUGCGUAAUGGUAUUCUUGUUAUCUUUGGUACCUUGAUCGCCUACCUCAUCAACAUUGGUAAAUCUACCAGCCCUAUCAGCAUCUUGAAGACUGUUCCCGCUGGUUUCCAGGCCAUGGGUGUCCCUAAGGUUGAGAUUCCACUUUUGCAAGCUAUUGCUCCUUCCCUUCCUUCAGUAGUCCUCAUUUUGAUUUUGGAACACGUUGCUAUUGCAAAGUCCUUCGGUCGUAUCAACGACUAUAGAAUCAACCCUAACCAGGAAAUCAUUGCUUUGGGCGUUGCCAACAUUUUCGGUGCAUUCUUUGGUGCUUAUCCCAACACUGGAUCUUUCUCUCGUACUGCUAUUAAGGCCAGAUCUGGUGUCCGAACUCCCAUUGCUGGUAUCUUCUCUGGAUGCGUGGUCGUUCUUGCUCUCUAUGCUUUGACUCCAGCUUUCUACUAUAUUCCUAGCGCCGUUUUGGCUGCCGUCAUUAUUCAUGCCGUAUCCGAUCUGGUCUCUGGACCCAAAUUUGUCAAGCAAUUAUGGCACAUCAAUCCACUUGAAUUAUUCACAUUCGUUGCUGCUGUCAUCAUCACCUUCUUCACUACCGUCGAAUAUGGUAUCUAUUCUUCCGUUGGUCUUUCUAUUGUCAUUCUCCUCAUCCGAAUUGCUCGCCCACGCUACUCUGUCCUUGGACGCAUCCCAAUCAACGCCAACGAAAAGAACGCUAGCGAUACCCAAUAUCUCUAUGUUCCUGAGACACACCCCAGUCUUGGAAGACUUGUGGAGCCAGUUUCCCGUGGUGUCCUCGUCUUCCGUUUCGAUGAAGCCUUGACAUAUCCCAACUCUAGCUUUGUCGCCGAUCGCAUCAUUGAACAAGUUCGUGACCGCACUCGUCGUGGCAAGCCUGCAGCUGCUAACAAGGGUGAUCGCCCUUGGAACGACACCUCUAACGCCAAGGAUGAUGAAUUAUCUCUCACUAAACCAAGACUUGCAUCUGUUGUCAUUGACUUUGCUACUGUUAACAACAUUGACUCGACUGGUAUCCAAACGCUUCUUGAUGUCCAAGGCGCUCUUAACAAAUAUGCCGAUCGUAAUGUUCAAUGGCACUUUGCCAACAUCAACUCGCCUUUCAUUCGCAACGCCCUGUUGACCGGAGGGUUUGGAUCUCAAACUGUCUCUCAACCUGGAGAGAUUCUUCCUGUUGUCCCUGCCUCUCAAGAUGGUCCCAAACGUGAUAAUGUCAUCGAGGAACAUAGCGGCGAACGUGAUGUUGAAGAAGCUAUUUCAGAUGAAGACCAAAAGCACAACAUUCAUGAAGAGCAUCGUCUUUCAAAUGAUUCUGAAUUGACAACUCUUCCUGGUUACCCAGUAGACAAGUAUCCUUUCUUCCACUGGAAUCUUGAGGAAGCUGUUCGUGCCGCCACUGCGGCAGCAGUCAGUAUCAACCAAGAAGAUUGAUUUUAUCUUUCGAUUACCCCAUCAUAACACCCAUUCGCUAAAAUUUAUCUGUAUAUCAUCCACCUUACACAAUUGCUACCCUAAUGCUCAUUACCAUCUCCCAAUCUACAAACCCAUAAAUAUAUAAGCAACACUAUGUCUUUUUAGGUAAUUUACAAACGUAUUCGUUAGAGUGGAGUUUUUCUUUGGCUGCCUCUAGCUUGCCUCGUGUUCGUAAUUGCCUCGUGCUGCAUUGUUUGUCUUUC